AUGAAAUCAAAGCCACUAAGAAAAUUCCUACCACAUGUUGAGCCAAACUGCAGAAUAAUCAACCUAUACGGCCCGGCUGAAUGUACGAUAGCAGCAACAUACCAUGUCCUAACUCCAGAGGAUUUGCAUUCAGCAUCAAUUCCGAUAGGACGACCUAUGCCAAAUUAUCAAUGUUACGUUCUCGAUGAAUAUUUACAAUUAGUUGGCAUUAAUCAGCUAGGUGAGCUGUAUAUCGGCGGUGCUGGUGUAUUCUCCGGUUACUAUGGUCGUGAUGACUUGUCAAAGAAGGCUUUAAUUGAUAUACGAGGACAACGAUGUUACAAAACAGGAGAUCUCGCUAGACUCGAUCA